AAAUAGCUCAUUUUUACUUCAUUUUGCUUCUUAAAAACAUAGAUAUAUCAAAGAGAGAUGGAGAUAGAUAUGAAGGAAGAGGUAAACAAUUUCAUCAUGGUAUGUUUCACAAUUGUUAUAUCAUCAUGCUACUGCUAUGUCACAACUAAAUUGGUUAGAAAAGGUAUAAUCAGAUUCUUGUUGUUUUUUCCUGUGCUAUACCUUCUCUACAAUCUUCCUCUCUAUUUAAAAGCUCUGAUUUUUAAUGUUCCAAUUGCUUUUUUUGUAAUAUGGCUAACCCCAUUCAAGCUUCUACAAUUGGUCUUUGACACUGGCCCACUUUCCGACCCAUCUCUUUCUUUCCUACACUUUGUCAUCAUUUCUUGUUUUCCCAUCAAGAUCCACCAAAAGCCCACCAGCCCAAAAAAGCCCAAUGGGCCCAAUCACACCCUCACCAUUAACAUACCUUUCCUCAAACACUAUGCUAUAAAAGGAUUUAUUUUCUUGUUCUUAACAAUAUUGGGGUAUUUCAAGCACAUUGUUCCCCAAAUGCUAAAGUCAUUCUUGAUAUGCAUCUAUUGUUAUCUAGCACUAGAAAUAUCACUAGUGGUGUUCGCGGUCAUCGCUCGAAUCUUACUAGGGAUCGACACCGACCACCCUUUCGAUCAUCCUUACCUCUCGACGUCAUUCCAAGACUUUUGGGGCCGUAGGUGGAACCGUGUGGCCUCGAGUUGUUUAAAAUCAACCAUAUUUUAUCCCAUUCUAGACCGUGCAAGCCGGAUAUUGGGCCGAAAGUGGGCCGCAGUUGUAGCCUUGGUGGUGACAUUUGUUGUGUCGGACGUCAUGCAUGAGAUCAUUUUUUACUAUAUGGACCGUGUGAGGUUUGGAUGGGGCUUGCCAACUCUCUUCAUUUUCCAAGGAAUUUGUGUUGUGAUAGAGAGCACAAUCAAGAAGAAAAUAAAAGCUAAAUGGAGAUUGCCCCAAAGAGUAAUUGGGCCUUUAAUAUUUGUAUUUAAUGUUAUUUCAUUUAUGUGGUUGAUCCUGCCAGAGUUGUUGGAGCAUAGAGUUGAUGAUAGAGUUCUUGGGGAAUAUGUAGCUUUGGCAGAGUAUAUAAGGACUUGGGCCUACUGGGCUUGGAAUGGGCCGACCUUAUGUAAAUAGACAUGCCCACACAUGUUAUUAUGUGGAAGAUAAUUCUCAGAGUGCAAAUUCAAAAUAUUAAAUAAAUAAAACAAAAUCAGUGGUCAAAAA